ACAAAGCCUCCAUUUUUGCAAAGCAGAGAGUAAGGUCUCUGAAGAACAGAACUCAGAGCGGAGGCGCCGGAGUAUUUUGCAGAGGCACACAAUUGAAUUUUCUUAACAGAAAAUGGCAGACAAGGCAGUUACAAUUAGAACAAGGAAGUUCAUGACCAAUCGUCUUCUUGCAAGGAAACAAUUCAUUAUUGAUGUUUUGCAUCCUGGAAGGGCAAACGUUUCCAAGGCCGAGUUGAAAGAUAAAUUGUCAAGGAUGUAUGAGGUGAAAGAUCCCAAUGCAAUCUUUGUGUUUAAGUUCAGGACCCAUUUUGGAGGAGGCAAAUCUACUGGUUUUGGCUUGAUCUAUGAUUCUGCCGAGAACGCAAAGAAAUAUGAACCAAAGUACAGGCUGAUCAGGAAUGGAUUAGACACAAAGGUUGAGAAGUCCAGGAAGCAGAUGAAGGAGCGGAAGAAUAGAGCCAAGAAAGUACGCGGUGUCAAGAAGACUAAGGCAGGAGAUGCCAAGAAGAAAUGAUCUGCCAGUAAUAGUUCCUUUAAGCCAAAUGCAGAAAACGUUUUCGUUAUUAUUUAUGUUUCUCUGGACAUUUAUGCAGAAUCUUUUCAAUUUUGGUUGAGUUACUCAAAUUAUAUUUGCAUGUUAAUGUGCAAGUACUUCUUAACUUCGAGAAUUUGGAAGUGUAGCGUUUUUCUCAACA